AUGCAACCUCAGCAGAGCUUGAGAAUUGACUUGUGUGAAUUGAAAUCUCAAAUAGUGAAGAAGCUCGGAACUGAUCGGUCGAAACGGUACUUCUUUUACUUGAAUAGGUUCUUGAGUCAAAAGCUGAGUAAGAAUGAGUUUGAUAAGUUAUGUUGUCGUGUACUUGGGAGGGAGAAUCUUUGGCUGCAUAAUCAAUUGAUACAGUCAAUUUUGAAGAAUGCUUGUCAAGCUAAGGCUGCACCACCGAUACCUGCAGCAGGCUAUCCGAAAACUUCGACGCAAGCUGCAAAAAUUUCCCCUGUCAUAGAAGAUGGGAAUGAGGAUGGUGGAGCUGUUUUUGCUACUUCCACUCAAGGUAUUCCCAUUUGGUCCAAUGAAGGUUUUUCUAUGUCCCCAAGAAAGUGCAGGUCUGGGAUACGCGACCGCAAGCUCAAAGAUAGGCCGAGUCUACUUGCGCCAAACUUGAAGGUUGAAUGUAUCUCAGCUCAAUCAGCAUGCAAGGAAGAUGGCAGCUGUAGGAUCAUGAUGGACAAUGGCAAUGCAACUUCGUGUGACUAUCAGAGACCAGUGCAGCAUCUGCAAGGAGUUUUUGAACUACCUGAAAACAACAUUGAGGCUAGAGUUCAGCGACCAUCAGGGAAGCAAGUUCUACAGAUGCAGGUUGAAGGAACCAAGGUUGAAGACAGGGAAGAAGCGAGACAGUCAAAUCGAUCGAGUUUACUUCGGAGUCGAUUACUUGCACCUCUUGGGAUUCCUUUUUGCUCAGCUAGUAUCGGCGGGGCUCACAAAACAAGGCCUGUGGAUUGUGGGGGCAAUUUUAGCUUCAGCGAUAUGGGUCAUUUGUUGGAUACUGAGUCGUUGAGACGACGCAUGGAACAAAUUGCUGCAGUACAGGGCCUAGGCAGUGUUUCUGCAGAUUGUGCUAAUAUUUUGAACAAGGUGUUGGAUGUAUAUUUGAAGCAGUUAAUCAGGUCUUGCGUUGACUUGGUUGGACCAUGGCCUGUAUUUGAGCCUGAGAAGCCUCUUGCCCAUAACCAGCAAAUUCAGGGAAAGGUUAUCAAUGGCAUGUUGCCAAAUAAUCAAUUACACAGGCUACAUAGCAAUGGAAAUAGAGAAGUUGUGCACGAGCGCAGAUUACACUGCUCGAUAUCGUUGCUUGACUUCAAGGUAGCAAUGGAGCUUAACCCAAAGCAACUUGGGGAAGACUGGCCUCUGCUACUGGAGAAAAUUAGUAUGCGUGCAUUCACAGAAUGA